AUGGCCGCAUUGAUGCUGGCCGAAGCUGCGUGUGUCGAGGGUGCACCACCACGUGCCCCACCGCGUCCUCAACCUCGGGCCGAGAAGAAGUUAUUUAGCUCGGGCCGGCGGGCCCGGCUAAUGUCGAGGAUUUGCUCGACCUCAGUGGCGCGCUUGUCAGCGUCUUGCCACGUGGUGAAAGUCUCGAGCUCGAUCUUUCGGUAUACACGGGAGGGGAUGCCGCUCAGGUACUUGUCACGUAGCUCUAGGUCCCCAUACCCAGAGCGGUCCGCCGGACCCUUGAACAGCGCGGAGAAUUCCGCAGCGCUCUACUUGUGCUGCCGCUGCAUCGUCGAGAUUUCCGAAGCGAGCCUUGAAGGCAGCGGUGAAGGCUGCUUCGUUCCUGAAGGGGGUUGUGACCCCUUGUACACCCAUCUGCACCAACGCGAGUUGGGCGAAGUAAGGCGUGGCCCAGGCGCGGGCGUCGCCAUCGAGCAGGCUCAGCGCAACUUGUACCUUGAGUUCAAUGGUCGGGGAGAAGGAGCUUCAGGGUCUCCUUGUCGGGGGCAGUCGUGGGAGAGGACAUUAUCGGCGUCGGGGGGGACAGAGGACGCUGCGGGGGCGGAGGCGGCUGUGGUGGCCCUCCGCUGGUCGAACUUCGGGAGGAACGAGUGCUCGAGCGGCCUCUCGGCGGAGUCGGCGGUGAAGGCGCCGGAGAAAGUUCGGUGGAGGGGUUACGUACGUCAGGGACUGCUGAUGUGGAGGCGAGCGCUGUCGGCGAGGCGGGCCGAGCAGGAUCCGCGGACUCGGACUCCGAGACUCCUUCUUCACUGUGACUCUCCUCAGGCUCAGGCUCUGGUGCAGGGUCUGGAGGGAGAUCUCCUCGUGCUUGAUCGACGACAGUUUGAGGGAGGCGGGAGGUAG